AUGGAGUGGGACGAGAAGACACUAAGCUUAAUGAUUUCGAAGCUAGGGCCUGGGCUGAUGAUCUCUCUUUCUGCAAUAGGUGGAGGCCUGGGAUUCAUAGCAGGAUCGGAGGGGAUCUGUAAAGCAGCAGAAAAUGUUGUUAAUACCACCUAUUCCUUGGUUCCAAUCAUUUUCAUUACAGCACCAACAAUGUACUCUGUAAUCCUAUACUUCAUGGUUUAUGACAAGAAGAUUGAGUCUCUCAGGGAUGGCCUUUUGGUUCUGAGUGCAUGUGUGGUCAAUGGCGUAUCCUCGGGUGUUGCAGGGUACUCAAUAGGCCAUUCAGCGAAGGUUGCAUGUGUCACAAGAUCUCAACAGAAAAAAUUCAACAGUAUCUUCUUUUUGAUACUGAUCUUCGGAGAGGUUGUUGGACUCCUCGGGCUUGUUUGUGCAAUGGCUAUAUCAUCAAGCAUAGGCAAUGAAUGA